CAUAUUUUCACUCAGAUCUAUAUUUCGCAGGGCCGUCUUCGUAUACGCCUCUGUCCAUUUCUCUUGCCCUCUUUCUAAUUUCAAUUUCACGCCAAACAAAAGUAAGCGAAAAUGAGAGAGUGCAUUUCGAUCCACAUUGGUCAGGCCGGAAUUCAAGUCGGAAAUGCCUGCUGGGAAUUGUACUGCCUUGAGCACGGGAUUAAGCCUGAUGGGCAAAUGCCCGGAGACAAGACAAUCGGCGGUGGAGAUGACGCAUUUAACACCUUCUUCAGUGAAACGGGUGCCGGAAAGCACGUUCCCCGCGCGGUAUUUGUAGAUCUGGAACCUACUGUGAUAGAUGAGGUCCGGACUGGAACCUACCGUCAACUCUUCCAUCCGGAACAGCUUAUCAGUGGUAAGGAGGACGCCGCUAACAACUUUGCCAGAGGGCAUUAUACGAUCGGCAAAGAAAUUGUUGAUCUCUGCCUGGACAGGAUCAGAAAGCUUGCGGAUAACUGUACUGGAUUGCAAGGGUUCCUGGUGUUCCAUGCUGUCGGUGGGGGCACUGGAUCUGGACUUGGAUCUCUGUUGCUCGAGAGGCUUUCUGUUGAUUAUGGUAAGAAAUCAAAGUUGGGGUUCACUAUUUACCCAUCCCCACAAGUUUCGACUGCUGUGGUUGAGCCAUACAACUCUGUUCUCUCGACCCACUCUCUGUUGGAGCACACUGAUGUUGCCGUGCUUCUUGACAAUGAGGCGAUCUAUGAUAUUUGCCGCAAGUCGCUUGAUAUUGAGAGGCCAACAUAUACUAAUCUGAAUAGACUCAUUUCUCAGGUGAUUUCUUCUUUGACUGCAUCUCUGCGAUUUGAUGGAGCUCUGAAUGUGGAUGUGAAUGAGUUCCAGACUAACUUGGUUCCAUAUCCAAGGAUUCACUUUAUGCUUUCCUCGUAUGCCCCAGUUAUUUCUGCUGAAAAGGCCUAUCACGAGCAACUCUCUGUUGCUGAAAUUACAAAUACAGCAUUUGAACCAUCUUCUAUGAUGGUUAAAUGUGAUCCGCGCCAUGGGAAGUACAUGGCGUGCUGUUUGAUGUACAGAGGUGAUGUGGUGCCAAAGGAUGUGAAUGCUGCAGUUGCCACAAUCAAAACCAAGAGGACAAUUCAGUUUGUGGACUGGUGCCCAACUGGCUUCAAAUGUGGAAUCAACUACCAGCCACCAACUGUUGUUCCUGGUGGAGACUUGGCUAAAGUUCAGAGGGCCGUUUGCAUGAUUUCUAAUUCAACUAGUGUUGCUGAGGUGUUCUCCAGGAUCGAUCAUAAAUUUGACUUGAUGUAUGCCAAGCGUGCUUUUGUGCACUGGUAUGUCGGUGAGGGCAUGGAAGAAGGAGAAUUCUCUGAGGCUAGAGAGGACUUGGCGGCUCUUGAGAAAGACUAUGAGGAAGUCGGGGCUGAAUCUGCUGAGGGAGAAGAUGAAGAAGGCGAGGACUAUUAGGCAAAACUUCUGAGUGACCAAGCCAAUGUUCUCAUUGGUGAUUUACUGCUUUUAAUUUCCUGUGUGGAUUGUUGCUUCGGGCUUUCUGUGUGCUUUGUUGUUUCCUCUGUCUGGAAAACAUCUGCUCCAUGCAUUGCAAUAUGAUCUAUCCAUUUUCUGCUUCUAAACCAAAGAUCUAAUCAAUUAGCGCACAGGCACAA